GAUUCUUCAGUUGCAGUUCUGGAUCUCGGUUCUGGAAGAGAUGGCGACUGCGACUCGGCUGCUGGGACGGCGUGUGCGGAGCUGGAGGCUGCAGCCGCAGCUGUCGCCCCUGGCCGGCCUCGUUUCCCAGCGCGCCCAUUCGCUGUUGCCUGUGGACGAUGUGAUCAACGGGCUAAGCGAAGAGCAGAAGCAGCUUCGACAGACCAUGGCUAAGUUCCUUCAGGAGCAUCUGGCUCCCAAGGCCCAGGAAAUUGAUCAUAGCAACGAGUUCAAGAACCUGCGAGAGUUUUGGAAACAGCUGGGGAGCCUGGGAGUAUUGGGCAUCACAGUCCCUGUUCAGUAUGGUGGCUCUGGCUUGGGUUACCUGGAACAUGUGCUGGUGAUGGAGGAGAUAUCCCGAGCUUCUGGAGCAGUGGGUCUCAGCUAUGGUGCCCACUCCAACCUGUGCAUCAACCAGAUUGUGCGCAAUGGGAAUGAGACCCAGAAGGAGAAAUACCUCCCCAAACUGAUCAGCGGUGAGUACAUUGGAGCCCUGGCCAUGAGUGAGCCCAAUGCUGGCUCUGAUGUUGUCUCCAUGAAGCUAAAGGCAGAAAAGAAAGGAGAUUACUACAUCCUGAAUGGCAACAAGUUCUGGAUCACCAAUGGCCCCGAUGCUGAUGUUCUCAUUGUCUACGCCAAGACAGAUCUAACUGCUGUGCCAGCUUCUCGGGGCAUCACGGCCUUCAUUGUGGAGAAGGGUAUGCCUGGCUUUAGCACCUCCAAGAAGUUGGACAAGCUGGGCAUGAGGGGCUCUAACACCUGUGAGCUCAUCUUUGAAGACUGUAAGGUUCCUGCUGCCAACAUCCUGGGUCAUGAGAGCAAGGGUGUCUACGUCCUGAUGAGUGGGCUGGACCUGGAGCGCCUGGUGCUAGCUGGCGGGCCCCUUGGGCUCAUGCAAGCAGUCCUUGAUCACACCAUUCCCUACCUGCACGUGAGGGAAGCCUUUGGCCAGAAAAUUGGCCACUUCCAGUUGAUGCAGGGGAAGAUGGCAGACAUGUACACCCGCCUCAUGGCAUGUCGGCAGUAUGUCUACAACGUUGCCAAGGCCUGUGAUGAGGGCCAUUGCACUGCCAAGGACUGUGCCGGUGUGAUUCUUUACGCAGCUGAGUGCGCCACACAGGUAGCCCUGGAUGGCAUUCAGUGUUUCGGUGGCAAUGGCUAUAUAAAUGACUUUCCCAUGGGCCGCUUUCUUCGAGAUGCUAAGCUGUAUGAGAUCGGGGCUGGGACCAGUGAGGUGAGACGGUUGGUCAUUGGCAGAGCCUUCAACGCAGAUUUCCACUAGCCCCAAGAUCCACCACCCCUUUCUCCCAGCACCUAGAGGCCUUUCUUUGGAAGCACAGACAUGGUAGCCUCCUGGCUGCCCGAAGCAGGCCCUGCUGCUCCGCUUCCCUUCUGGCUACAGCUCUCAAGCCUCUGCUGGACGGGGAGUCUUCUACACUGGUUGCCAAGCACUGUGGGCCAACCAGCCAGGGAAAGCCUAAAAUGGACUCAGCAGGAAGCAUAUUAUCUUUUCUGAGAGCUUUAGGAGGGCUUUGGUGACUCUGUGCCCUUGCUCUCUGCUCUUCAACUUCAAAGCCUGAUGCUCCCACCUCCUAAGGUAGCCUGGAGGUAUGUAGGUACCCACCCCUUCUUUUAGGUGAGCCUGUGGCAGGGAGCCCUCUCUGUUCAAGUACAGCAGAAUCAUUGCCCCCUUCAUUUACUCAAACUUGUUGGUCUCUUUUCUGGGGAAAAAGAAAAGCCAAAAAUCCAUCCUUGUUUGCUGGCUUCUUGAGUCAGCAGCUCCCAACCAUUUGGGAACACCUGUGCUACAGAGUCUGCCUGGGGAACAAAAGAGAAUUGUGGAGAAUUAGCUCAUGCUGGCCCCUCUGGCAGCACCUCUGAGCUGUUCUGUGCUGCUCUGUCACAGAGACCAGUGAGAUCUGGUAAAGUAACCUUCCUCAUCUACUGGGCAGCAGGUGAAGGCCUUGCCUGCCCAAGCAGGCCUGGGUUGUCUGGCUCAACUCCAGCAGGGGUUGCCUGUAUACAUUUCUUGAGACACCCUAUGGCUAAUUUUGUUACAACUGCACAGUGGCUGCUGCCAUUUUGUAUUAAACAUAUUGUGAAACAAA